CCAUGUCAGCAGAGAGUGAUUGAAGGUUAACCCACAACACUCUUGCUAGUGCAAUUAAUAAUUGAGGCUUAUUAGCUUGCAAAGAAAACUUGGACAGAGGAAUUUCUAGAAAUCUGCAAGUCCUGAUUCACCCAGCUGCUGCCCAAGGCUCCCAGUCAUGAUGGCACUUUCCUGGAUCCCAGUCAUUACCUUUCUUGCGCUUUCCUCCAUUUACUGCAUUGUUUCUCAUCAAGACCCAGAGAUGUGGUUCCAAAACCUCUUCCCGCCUAAGAUGUGUCCUGCCAAUACCAGCUCUGAUACUUUUUAUGGUAUCAUGUUUGAUGCUGGAAGCACUGGGACACGAAUUCAUAUUUACACCUUUGUACAGAGAAGCCCAGAAAAAGCUCCAGAAUUAGAAGGGGAAAUCUUUGAAUCAGUCAAGCCAGGGCUAUCAGCUUACGCCGAUCAACCUCAGAAAGGUGCAGAAACAGUCAGAAAAUUAUUAGAAAUGGCCCAGGAAGCGGUGCCACCCAGCCAUUGGAAGAAGACCCCAGUAGUAUUGAAAGCCACAGCAGGUCUGCGUCUGUUAGCAGAGCACAAAGCCCAGGCUCUGCUCUCAGAGGUCAGGGGGGUCUUUGAGGAAUCACCCUUUCUAGUCCCCACUAACAGUGUUAGCAUCAUGGAUGGAACUUAUGAAGGUAUUCUUGCCUGGAUCACAGUGAACUUUUUGACAGGGCAGCUGUAUGGUCGGAACCAAGAGACUGUGGGGACCUUGGAUUUGGGAGGAGCCUCAACUCAGAUUACAUUCUUGCCACAACUAGAGGAAACCCUUGAACAAACACCAGUGGAUUUCCUAACCUCAUUUGAAAUGUUCAACAGCACUUACAAGCUCUACACGCACAGCUAUUUGGGUUUUGGGUUGAAGGCUGCACGACUAGCAACUUUAGGAGCCUUGGAAAUGGGAGCAGCAAAUGGGCAGACGUUCCGAAGUUCCUGUUUGCCAAAACAGCUGGAAGCAGAAUGGCACUUUGGGGGAGUGAAAUAUCAGUAUGGGGGCAACAGAGAAGCAGGGGAAACAGGAUUUGAAUCUUGUUAUUCUGAAGUCCUGAAGGUUGUACAAGGAAAACUGCAUCAACCAGAUGAGAUUCGCAGAAACUCCUUCUAUGCCUUUUCCUAUUACUAUGAUCGGGCUGUGGACACUGACCUUAUAGAUUAUGAAAAAGGUGGCAUUCUAGAAGUGCGAGACUUUGAAAGAAAGGCCCAAGAAGUGUGUGAUAACCUGGAGAGGUACAGCUCCGCCAGUCCCUUUCUGUGUAUGGAUCUCAGUUAUAUCACUGCUUUAUUAAAAGAAGGAUUUGGCUUUAGAGACAGUACAAUUUUACAGUUGGCAAAGAAGGUGAACAACAUAGAGACAGGCUGGGCUCUAGGUGCUACAUUUCAUCUUCUGCAAUCCUUGGGACUCUCCCACUGAGAAGACACCGUCGGCAGGAUACUUUUCUUGAAGCAUGAAUUUGCAGUUCUGAACAGUGUACAGACCAAAGCAGGGGAAUCCUUCUUACCUUUUGGGCUGGGCACUUCUGAGCUGCAAUAUAAGAUGGGUUCUGGUCGUAAAAAUAAUUGCAUAAUUUAUGCCAAACGACUAGUGCUCUAGCUCCAUAGCCUUGAAACUGAUCUUGUUCAAGGAGCUCAGCCAUGCCUUUGGUCAAAGCAUGUACACACAUUUGGUACUGACAGACCUCAAGUCAAGUUUCACACAAUUUGCAGGCUUUUUUGCACAUGAAAAAAUGAAGGUUCAUAUCCAAAGUAGAAUCCUAGCCUAAUAUAACAGGAACAAGCUAUUUACUUAAAUUACUACUUAAGACUGUUUGAAACUGGGUUUGUUAAAGAAGUUUCAGGGGGAUAGCCAUGUAGUCUGCAGUAGAAGACCAAGUUCCAAGUCCACUAGUGCUUUAAAGAACUAACCAAUUUCCAAGGUAUAAGCUUUCAAGAAUCAAAGCUUUGUUCAUCAGAUAAAGGGCGCUUUGACUCUUGAAAGCUUAUAUCCUGGAAAUUGUGUUGGCUUUUAAGGCACUACUGGACUCAGAUCUUGAGGAAAGAAAUGCCAACCUAUCUAGAAGCAGCAGCAAAUGGAAGGCUUUAGGAAUCCCAGAAGGAAUGGUUUCACUUUUUUCCUCUUUGAUCUCCCUUCUGUAAACCUAUGCAAUGGUAAAGACUGUGUGUCAUAAGCAUUUUUCUGGAGAUUGACAGUCACAAAAACCUUGCAGUCUAUGAUAAACCCGGUUUACUGCAAAAUAUCCAGAUGUCCAGCUGAAGCUCCCAUCAAGUUGAAACCAGUCAGACUCUUCAGUUUCUAAUAUCAAAAGUUUUUUCAUGCCUGAAAAAUGGUAAUUAGCCAGACCCCAGUAUAGGACUAUAGAUUUCAGGCUCUUGCAAUUUUGUUGUGAACCUCUUCAAUAUUUCACAUGAGGAUAACAUGAAUUUGCAGUAACUGAAUGUUCUAUCUUGGUAUUGUGUAGAGAAACAACUCUUGAACAAAACGUUCAGGUGGUUUUGUCCAUGUGCUUUUUUUUUUGCUAAAAGUCAAGGACAAAUUGGUUUGUCUACAUAAUAUCCUGAUAAAAUGUUUAAUUAUGUGCUUAUAAAUUUCCCCCUGACAGCCAUUCCUAAUUCGUAAGGUGUUGAUAGCAGUCGCAGUGGUUCCUAAAUCAACACUGUACCCCCUGAUACUAUAAGGUAGAGCUCUACCUUACCCCACUCCCCACAUUCUAGACUUGGUUGCUGGUGGUGAAACAAACUUGCUUUGGUAGUAAAGAGGAUGGUAUCCUGGAAGAAAUAGAUUGCUGAAACCCUGGGUAAACUACCUUUAUCCUAAUUUAAAAGCUUGAGCAUGACUCAGUUGUUGAGCAUUGCUAUUCCUGUACCAAAGGAAAUCUGUGUUUGGCAGAUUAUCACCUUAGCUACUGGGUAUGACAUAACAGUUGCUUAACUACUAGUGCUAAUCAAGAAUCUACUUUGAUACAUCCCUUCUUCAAACAAAAUUGACCACAUUGGUCUACGUAAGGGGUGCGAGACCAAUAUUUAAACUUUUUCCUCUGAUGACCACAGUGGUGAUACGGAAUUUAUUCUACUUCCACAAGCGUCCAUGUCUAUUCAGUGAAACAAGACUAUACAUUUAAUGACCUGCAUAGAAUGGCCUUUGUUAAAAGAUUUACAUACAUAAGUGGUAGAGGAGGAGUUAUAAUGAAGUUUUAAACUGAACACUAAAUUCAAGGAUUUUUUUAAAAAUAAAAAGCAGAAGCAGAAACAGGUUUUAGGUGUUUACAUAGUUUUAAGUAUAUUUAAUCCCGGUGCAGCAGCUUAAAAGGACCCAUUUUGGUUUAUCCUUAAUUAUCCCCCAAAUUUUAAGCUAAAUGAGCCUCUCUUCAAUGUCUGCAUAUUUAGCACCGUAUGAGUUCAGGUGAUACCCUGUAGGCCUUCAGAUAUCUCUUCAUUCACACUUUCUUCUCAGAUUGGUUGAUUGUGAAGGGGUAGCACAAUUAUCCCCGUCUGAAACUAUUAAUAUUACUUGGUGCUGCAAAGCAGUUAAACAGAUACCAUCAGGAUUUGCUGGUGGGUGCAUGAGCAAGACAGGGCCCUCUGAAUGUCUAUUUUAGUAAUUAAAUGAUAUUUUAACAAUGUU